AUGGCCACGCCAUUCGACCUGGUGAUCACCAACGGGGUGUGUGUGACCGCGUCGGACGUUGCAGCACUGGACGUGGGGAUCCUCGAUGGCAAGAUCGCAGUUUUGGCGCCGUCAGGGACACUGAGAGAUGCUGCAACGGUGCGACUGAUCGAUGCAGAAGGCGGAUACGUGAUGCCUGGCGGAGUGGACUGCCACGUGCACCUGCAGGAGCCGAGUCUCUUUGGCAAGGGCUCCUCGGCGGACACGUUUGAGACGGGGACGCGAUCGGCGGUGGCAGGCGGAACGACGACGGUGGUGGCGUUUGCGCCGCAGCAGCGCGGCGAGCGGUCGCUGCUGGCAGCCCUGGAUGCGGCGCAGGCGCUGGCGGCAGGCCGUUGUCACUGUGACUACGGGCUGCACCUGCUGGUGGCGGACGCGAGCAGUGAAGCGCUGGACGAGGUAGCAGCGUUGGCAGGACGUGGCGUGACGUCGCUCAAGAUCUAUAUGACGUAUGCGGCGCUGCAGCUGCGUGACGGGGAGAUCCUGUCGGUGCUGGCAGCGGCGCGGGCGAACCACAUCCUCACAAUGGUGCACGCAGAGAACGGUGACGUGCUCGAGUGGCUGACAGCGCGGCUGGAGGCUCGAGGGCUGGUGGCACCACGAUUUCACGCGCACUCGCGACCGGGACUGCUGGAGGCCGAGGCGACCGGACGAGCGAUCGCACUGGCCGGACUCGUGGCCCAGACGCCGAUCCUUCUGGUCCAUGUCAGCGACGGCGAGGCGGCCGGACGGAUCCGCGAGGCCCAGACGCGUGGCCAGCCCGUCUUUGCCGAGACCUGUCCGCAGUACCUCUUUCUGACACGUGCCGAGCACCUCGACGGGCCUCCUGGCUUCGAGGCUGCCCGUCACGUCUGCUCGCCUCCGCCACGUGAUGCUGCCGCCCAGGAUGCUGUCUGGGCAGCUCUGCGCCUCGGCACCUUUGCCGUGCUCAGUUCGGACCACUGUCCGUUCCGGUACGACGACGCGACCACCGGCAAGAAGGCCUGCAUCACGCCCGAAUUUCCGCUCGGCCGCUUCCGUCACAUCCCCAACGGGUUGCCCGGCGUCGAGACCCGGCUGCCGCUCGCUCUUGCUGCUGCUGCUGGCCGUCAUCUGCCGCUCACCCGUCUCGUCGAGACCACGGCCACCAACCCGGCCAAGCUGUACGGGCUCUACCCCCGCAAGGGUGCUCUCCUGCCUGGGCUCUCGGAUGCUGACGUCGUCGUCUGGUAUCCGCCCGGCCGCUUUGCCGGCGACAGCGCGCUCACCAUCACCAACAGUAUGCUCCACCACGACGUCGACUAUACCCCCUACGAGGGCCGCCGCGUCGACAACUGGCCCCGCUACACCAUCUUGCGCGGCCGCGUCGUGUGGGAUCGCGACGGUGGCGGCAUCGUCGGCCAGCCUGGUGACGGCCAGUUCCUUCACCGCCACGCCGCCGUGCUCAACGAUGUGUGGACAAAGGUCGACGCCGACGGGCCGUUUGACGAGGAGAAGCUGUAG